UUUGCUAGUCUAUAACUCCGUCGGAUAGCCAAACUAUCCUUGCGAGUAUGUAUACAUAAAUGUGAACUUUAGAAGCACACUAGCAUACACACAUUGGAACCAGUCGGGCCAAGACGGGACGUAAAAAACCAAGGAAGCAUAAAAACACAAGGACUUUGUAUAAACCAAGGAAGCAUAAAAACACAAAGACAACUUCUUUGCCAUAAAAAUAAACCAAAUGUUUCUUUUUUAAAUUAAAUGCACUCUCGUCAAACCUUGUUCUCCCAAUAAGGCUAAAACAGCAAAAAUUGUAUAUUAUUUUACAAAUACUUGUAUACAAAUUUAUUGAGGUAUGUUUGUUGACCUGAAAAAGUUGGUAAAUGGUUGUUUAAGAUAUAACCUGAAGAGUUGGUAAAUUAAGGAUGUACAUUAUGUACAUUUACAAAUUUUUUGUAAAUGAGUUCUUGUUAUCUAGUCUGCUAGACUCUUUCUGAUAGACUAUUUCUCGUGCGCGCAUGUUUCUGCUAUAUAUCAGAAACAUUUUUGUGUACCCAAUGAUUAUUCCAAGGAAUUGUGAUGUUUCUUGGCGUUUUAAAGAAAUUUGAUACUCAGCGCAUAAACUUGUGUGGUAAUGCUUUCUUUGUUCCUUUUUUUAGCGUGAGCUUAUGAGAACUUACAGUAAUCAAACCCAACAAGCUCAUCAGGUCUGUGCGGUUGGCCAUACUUCAGCACAUCAAGUGGACCACUGUCGACAAACGUGCUGCCAUACCGGAUAUCACUAUGGAAACACUCGAGAGUUUUGUGCGGAUGUUUCAGUCCAAACUUUACAUCGAGAGUCUUAUCCAAGGCAAUGUGACGUCAGAGGAGGCCAUUGCCUUACAAGAAGUCAUUUACAGGAAAUUUCAGAUGAUUCCUCUCAGCUUUCUCCCCGAGGUACCUGGUGUUCUGAUUAAUUUCUUUAGUUUUUGAUACUCCUGUCACAACCCUUCAUAGCCCCCUAACCUAACCAAAACCAUACAUCACAUCCCUUUUUUCCCCAACCAAAUCCUCCAUUAUUCACCGAUUAACACGGUGUAUUUUCUGGUGUUGUGCAGAUCCGAGUUGUCCAGUUGCUUGUUACAUGGUGUUAUUAUACAAGUGCUAGAAAAUACACCGUGUUAAUCGGUGCAUUUUUUGGUGUUGUGCAGAUCCGAGUUGUCCAGUUGCUUUUUACAUGGUGUUAUUAUACAAGUGCUAGAAAAUACCUUUGUUACACCGUGUUAAUCGGCGCAUUUUGUGGUGUUGUGCAGAUCCGAGUUAUCCAGUUGCUUGUUACAUGGUGUUAUUAUUCGAGUGCUAGAAAAUAUCGGAUCAGUUCACCGUCCUGGGCCAUCGUGGAGGAUUUUAAAAAAUCGUGAACGAUUUCGAAAUCGUUCAGUGUUGCUUUUAGGACUGGUCGAUUUAGGCGGUGUCAUUCCAGUUGAACAAGUGUGUUUUCUUUGACACGUUAGUACAGCCCCCUGUGACCUGGUGUGAUCAGUGUUCAAGGUUAUAGAUGAUAUUUGAGAAAACGUGUUAAUGCUUUAUGGAAAUAUAUUCACUGAAACUCUAAAUGCAAAUAUUGGCACUGUUCAGUCCGGUCACUAUCCACCAUUAAUUGUGGAUGGUGACCGGCCUUUUCGAAAUUUGUCUUUUUCAGAUCUCAGAGCCGAAGAGAGGACCUCGUCGACUCACUCGAUUGCCUCGGAAGGCAGACCUCAAUCACGAGACAAUACGUCAUAAUAAGGAUCUGAUUUUUAAAGAUUAUUUUAUUAUGUAUACUUAUUUGAUAAUAAAACAGUGUUAGUGUGA